AUGAGAAAUGCUGUUAAAACUAUGUUUAAUGCCUGGACUUGUGGAGGCUGUGACUAUGAUAAAGACAUCAAAAAAAUUAUGACAGAGUUAUUAAAAAAAGAAAUACAAAUUUUAUACAGCGGUGUUGGACGAGUAACGAAAGAUGUUGGAAAGGAAAAUUUCAGUGCUACUGAAGUUUUUUCAUUGAUUCGAGAUUAA